CUGAGAGGAUGCUAUCGAUCCGGCUCGCAAUUGCGCUCUUCUCCAGUUUGAUGAACAUGCAGAUGUGCGUCAUCACGCGUUUUCUGCUCCUUAUGAGCUAAUUAAACAAGGUAAUGUGAGCAGCCCAAGUCAUCAAUGCAGAACUCCUCAGCGCUGUUCGGGAUGGUGAGCCACUGUCAGACCCCAACUUUCGCGGACUUCACGGGCCUGGCGUUCUCCGUGUACGGCAGCAAGGCGGACAUCUGUGCGCGGCGAGCCGGCAACGCUGGCUUCGGAUCUCCGAUUUGCAGGAGCCCCCACGACGCACCGACUCACAUGAACUGCGCCAGCCCGAAACGAGUCACCGCAUCCGAGGAAAAGGCGCAUCUGGCAGCCAAAACUCCGCGCUUGUGCUUCUCUCUUCCACCGGUGCAAGUGAACGGCGCUUACUGCUCGGAGAAGGAUGCUGAUCUGGGCGACGCUGAGGGCAGCCUGAUGCGAUGUGGGCAGAGCUUACCGCUGCCAGCCGGGGGUCACUCAGAGGGGAUUUACCCCCAGAGCAUCCAGUGCAGCAGACCUACACCUGACCUCCUCCUGCAGGACGGCCCUCACCAAGACACCAGAUCCUCCUCUGCCUUCCACAGGACCCUGCCGGGGGCCUCACCCGGCCUGGGCUGCGGUGCCAACGGGACUCGCUCCUCCGUCCCGUACCCAAUCAAACAGGAGAACUCCAUGGGCUACAAGAUUUCCAGCCCGGGGUCCGGGGUCCGCAGCGCAUCUCAGGGUGGGUUUCAGGCCUGUAGGGCGGGCCAAGUUCUGGAGGUGCCAAGGGACGAGAUAGUCGGCGCCCUGCACGUUAGCAACAACGGCAAUGGCGUCUGCACAGUGAGCGGCGUGGACAGGGCUGUGUCAGGGGACGCCGUGCAGCCGUUUAAUAAUGAAGAUGGCUCCUCCCCGCUGGCUUUGUCCCCAACUGGCUCCCGUCAUUCAGCGCGGCUGCUCAGUGCUAGCAGUCUGAAGAGACGCUGCCUGUCUCUGGCCUCCCAGUCCGCCGCCGCCGCCGCCGCUGGCACCAACAGUGUCGCUGCCACCGCUUCCCCAUCAGCUCCUGGCGCUGCUUCUGAGGAGAUCAAUAUCACCGCCAUCAUCUGCUCCUCCUCCCAGAUGUCAAUGGUCGCCUGCGUCAACGGGUUCCGCGCAAACCUCUCGCCCAGCCACACCAGCAGCGCCGGCUUCUCCUCCUCUUCCUCCUCCUCUUCUACGUCUCCACCCUCUAACUCCUGCUCUCGGGAAGCCCCCCAGAGGCCCCCGCCUCACGGCAGCCCCCAGCAGGCCUCGCUACAGGAGAGCUGUCAGCUGUCCUCACCUGCUACCUGCCUGCUGUCCCUCUCUUCCUCCUGCUCCUCCUCCUCGUCCUCCUCGUCAGCGUCGUUAGUGGAGCCGGAGCAGGGCCAGGGCCAGAGCCUGGGGCUGUGCGAGGAGCAGGGCUCCAUGCUGCCGGGGCGUGGGGCUGGAGGAUCGGCCGAGGGAGGAGUGGGAGGAGGAGGAGGAGGAGGAGGCUCGGACGGGUUGGGGCUGCUGAUGAGCGGGGCCCUGAUGUCUGGGACGCUGCAUUCGGGGCCUGAAACUGGGGGUUUCCUAGACGGGGGCCAAAGAUCUGGGGCCGCCCUGAAGCAGGAACCCCUCGAUGACUUCUCCCCCAGUGAGGACGAACUCUUUCAGCACCACUAUCACCACCACCAUCACCUGAGUGGUCGCAGCGGGCACCUUCGUCACCACCCGCCUCGAGCUGCCAUGCCUCCGCCGUACCACUUGCACCAAUACGUGGGGCCCAGUCCCGGGGGCCCGCUGCACCACCAGAACCAGCAAACAGCCCCGGCCUCUUCCCUGGGACUCAAAUCAGCCUCUGGAGGUCCUCCUGGGCCCCACACAGCCCCGGAGAGGGAAGAAGUCGGAGGAGGAGCGGUGGCGGAUAAGCAGGUGUGUCGCUGGAUUGACUGCAGCGCUGCGUACGAGCAGCAGGAGGAGCUUGUGAGACAUAUCGAGAAGGUCCACAUCGACCAGCGGAAAGGUGAGGACUUCACCUGUUUCUGGGCCGGCUGCAUUCGCCGCUACAAGCCCUUCAACGCCCGCUACAAGCUGCUCAUUCACAUGAGGGUCCACUCUGGAGAGAAACCCAACAAGUGCAUGUUCGAGGGCUGCAACAAAGCGUUUUCCCGUCUGGAGAACCUGAAGAUCCACCUGAGGAGCCACACAGGAGAAAAGCCCUACCUGUGCCAGCACCCCGGCUGCCAGAAAGCUUUCAGCAACUCCAGCGAUCGAGCCAAGCACCAGCGCACUCACCUGGACACGAAACCGUACGCAUGUCAGAUCUCCGGCUGCACCAAACGCUACACGGAUCCCAGCUCCCUUCGUAAACAUGUCAAGAUCCACUCGGCCAAAGAGCAACAGGUGCGUAGGAAGAUUCGGCCCUGCCCUCACCUGGAGCAGGACGUCCUGAGCGACUGCAUGUCCAUGCAGCACCUCCAGAGCUCGGCGUCCUCGCAGCACCUCUACAACGGCAAAGAUGGACGUUCUCCAGCGCUGGGCCAAGACAUCUUCACAGGCCUGUACGCCGGCUCCAGCACCCCUCAUCACAGCGCCCCGGUGGAGCUCCUCUCCCCGACCCCCAACCCCGCCGCCGCCGCCUCCGCCGCCGACCUGCCCUCCUCCCGGCAGCACCGGCUGGAUCGGGACCUCGGCAGCCCCCAUCACCUGUCGCCGCUGGCUGCCAUGGACGGAGCGAGAGACGGGGUGUCGGGUCCCCUCCUGUCUCCUGGGAUGAAGGGAACGCCGACGCCUCCUCCUCCGCUGGAGAAGCAGCACAUCCACCAGCACCACAAGCCCUACGCUCACUAUCACCAUCAUCAGUCUGCCAGCGACGAAUACCAGGGCAGCUUUCAGAGCUGCUUCCAUUUCGGAGACUCCUACAGGAUGGAGCAGACGGUCGGUGGUGUCCACGUCCCAGGAGAUUCUCACGCCUACACAACCCAUCAGCACAAUGGCUUCCACAUGUCGGGCAGCAACACUGGCUCUGCAGGCUUCAGCUUGACCCAGGAGCUGCAGGGAGGCGCAGGGUGCCAGUUCUCCUCCAGCCCAGAGGAGAGCAUCUUCUUCCCGGUGGGCAGCUUCGACCGCAGCUUGAGCCACAUGUCGUCCGUCUACACAGAGACAUAAAGCAACACUGGAGCAGGACACGCUUCACCACAACUACUCCACAACUCCGCAGUCCAACUUCCUUCACGCUCACACUCUUAGGUCACCGCCUUAGUUCU